GCAUAUGGAGAGCUCGUCUGCCCCGAGACGAUUACCACGUAAUGCAGCACUUUCUCCACCAAUCGAGGGUAAUUCCUCUCUCCUCUCAAGUUCGCCAAUGGAGAUUGGUGAAGAUCAUUUCCACAAAUUUAGCAAACUUCGUCCGAAACUCCGUGCACCCUCCCUGACAGAUGAAACAGAAGUAGUACUGGACGACGGUACCUUACAAAAACGCACAGUCUCUUUAUCCACCCUACCAGAAGCGAUGUACUCAGACACCUACGAACAAGACUGGGAAAGUCAAGACCUACCAGACACCACACCACUGAUGGGACAUGCCAGAAACAGCUAUUCGGGUGUGGAUCGAACAGGCAACUCCUCGUCUUCAUCCUCUUCGUCUUCAUCAGAUAGUGAUUCAGAUGUACCUUUCUUCCCGGCCGGACGCAGACGUCGUAGCAAACAUGAUCGUAAACAGUCCAAUUCAAACCAAGACAACCGUUACUGGAGUCAAUUAAAGACUGGCUUCAAACGUUUCAAGAAUCAACUUGUCCUUACACCUCAACAGCGAUUGGUACUCAAGUGUUCAUUUGCCUAUUUCUUGGCUUCUUUAUUCACAUUUGUGCCCAGCCUCAAUGCCUUGAUUGGCCACAACCGUACCUCCAGUCAUAUCGUUGCCACAGCCACGGUUUUCUUUAAUCCUGCAAAGACACUCGGAGGCAUGGUAGAAGCCGCAAUGUAUGGCUGGGGAUACACUCUAUUCGCACUAGCCGUCUGUCUGGGAUCAAUGGCAACAACAGAUUUCUUUGUCGAUCGAGACAUGUUUACCGUAGCCCAUCUUAUAUCACUCUUUGUUUGGCUUAUCCUGCCUACCUUUCUGGUCUCUUUCCUCAAGGCACAUUGGAACAAGCCUCCGGUGGCCACUGCAUCUAGUCUGUGUUUCAUUAUCCUAUUUAUCGUGGUUGUCAGAGAGGGAUCAGCCAACAAAGGUGAUUUCGACACUACCAGAAUCCAACAAAUCACUUCCGCUGUCGCCACGGGUACUCUUAUCACUGUAACCUGUUGUAUCGUCUUCUGGCCUGUGUCGGCAGCCAAGAAAUUAAAAAAAGAUCUCGAGGCUACGUUACUGUCAUACCGCAUCCUGCUUAAAUUGCUCACAAAGACUUUUUUACUCGAUGACGAUCUUCCGGAAUUUACCGCUAAUCGGACUUUACACACUGCCAUUGAAUCCCACCGAACAAGCUUUACAGCUCUCCAAAAAUCACUCAAAGAAGCCAAAUUGGAAUCCUUGUGGAACAGUGAGAUGCGCGGAAGAGGUGAUGAAUAUGACAAGGUCAUAAAGAGUAUGCAACGGUUAGCUCAGCAUGUUGGUGGACUACGCAGUUCAUGUGGUCUUCAAUUUGAAGUCAUGGGUGCCAAACCCACUAACCGAAGAAAUCUUUACAAGAGAGCCCAGGUGUCAGAGUCCUCUUGGAACAUCAGGGCUGGCUAUAGACGCAGAAAGCUCGAACACGAAAUGAGACGUCAGAGAACAUCGACUUCUUAUGUUGCAGACGACGAACACAAUGGAAACGACGACAUUCCAUCCGUCUUUCGAUCCAACUCCGGCCUAAGUGACCCUCAUUCAUCGUCUCGUUCUAUCUUGGCCUCGGGGGAUGAAGAAGCCGCUGCCGCCGCUAAUGAAAGCCGUUCUUUGAUCGAGUUUAUCCAAACUAUCAGGCAACCAUUGAAAUCUCUGGCUUACACAUGCAAGCAAACGAUUCUCCAUCUCCAGACCAAAUUCGGGGCCCCUGCCGCCUCGGUAGACAACAGAAACAAGACUGGUCCAGAUUUUAAAACACUCAAGGAUAAUCUUGUAAAGGCCAUUUCACUGUUUGAGGUAUCCCAAAAGGAAGCCGUCCGGCGCUUGCAUGCACAUCGCCUGCGUAGAUUGAGAUCCGAUGCAUCUCAGGAUGAUUUUGUGCCUGGAGAUGAAGUGUUUCUGGUUUAUUUUUUUGUGUUCAAUAUGAUGGAAUUUGCACGCGAGCUGAUUUGUCUGACCGAGGCUGUGGAAGCCUUAUUGGAUGAGACAACAAAGGAGAGCAUCUGGAGCAAGAUACAAACUAUAGAGCCUUCGAGAUCAGGAAGACGCCUUUCUUUGACUGGAUUUACUCCUAAUGAGCGUAACACUACAAACACACUGCAUACACCCACGCCCACGACCAAGUGGCGUAAAUUCUUCAUUCAGAUCUGGGUCACCUUUUCACUUUUUAAACUUCAAAAGGUUCGAUAUGCUACCAAGGCCGCUAUUGCUGCAACUCUUCUGGCCACUCCUGCCUUCUUGAGCUCAACUGGCCCCUGGUUCCGUGAAUGGCGUAUGGAAUGGGCCCUUAUCACACUUAUGGUUGUUAUGACCCCUACUGUGGGAGGAACCAACUUGGUGGCUGUAUACCGUAUUUUCUCUACAAUCCUUGGAUGUUUUUCGGCCAUGGUUCUCUAUAUACUAUUCCCUGGUAACCAUGUUAUUUUGCCUAUCGUUACUUGGCUAUUCUCUGUCCCCAACUUUUGGUUGAUCUUGAAUCACAAGCACGGAAAGUUUGGCCAAUUCACUCUUCUGGCUUAUAAUCUUGUGAUGUUAAACAAAUUCAACGACAGAAACGAAAACACAAUUGAAGUCUGGAGAUUGGCACUUCAGCGUUGCCUAGCAAUUUUGGCCGGUGUGGCCUUUGGUUUGAUUACCACAGCUUACAUUUGGCCCUAUGAAGCACGCGUUGAACUCCGAAAAGGACUUUCGGACUUUUUGCUGCGACUUGCUUGGCUCUACCAGAAAUUAGUCUCACUUUAUUCUGAAACAUCAAACGAUAUUCAACAUCGCCAAGAGAUUGCUGACGCUACUCUCCAGCAUGUACAGCAACUAGGCAGACAGGCCUCUGAUGCACAGUGGCUGACUGCAGAGGCCCAGCGACGACUGGCUACCCAGAGCUUUAUGGAUCUAGAGCUAGGUUUACAAAGGGCACUUUUGGAUCUUCAGGAACUGUUGGCUCAGACUCCCAAUGAACCACGCCUCAAGGGUCCAUUUCCCGCUGAUACAUAUAGAACGAUCUUGGGGUCCUGUCAAAACAUUGUUGACAAGUUUCUUUCGAUGCGCACGGUUGUUCUCAAAGAUGCUUGGUAUGAAGAGGUCCAGAGAAACUUUAUCAUGCCUGCAAAUCAAGAAAGACGUGAGAUGGUUGGGAAUGUUUUGUUGUAUUUCUACCUAUUGGCUUCUGCAUUGAGGCUCAAGACACCAAUGCCACCAUAUUUCCCACCUGCUCGCAAGGCAUGGCAGUCUCUCUUGGUUAGGUUGCGGGAGAUGCCAGUAGUGCGUUCAGAGCAAACACUUGAAAAGGACAAUGUGUAUAUGUUUUAUUAUGCAUACGUUACCAUGAUGGAAGAUAUUAUUCGUGAGCUUGACAAGCUUGGAGAUAAUAUGACCCAGCUGUUUGGAUCACUUGUACCUGGGGAUCAAUGGGAGCGUUUGUUUGAAUCAUGGGAUACUGAACACGCUUAAUAUUUCACUUUGUCUUAGAUAAAUGGCCUUUAUACUUGUUCAAGGGCCAUCUCACAAAAAAAAUUCUUUUUUCUUUCUUUUAUCGAUAUCGUAUCUUUGCAAUAUUCAAAUGCAUAAAUAGCAUGUGUGACAUACAGUGAUUAAGUUUUUAGCAGAAAAUUAUAACAAUCACACCUCUUUUAUUUUGGUUUUUUAAAAAAAAAAUAUCAUCAAUUACUACAUAAAAAAAAUACUAAAAAGGUU